AUGAAUAAAAAAAUAUAUAGUUUAGUUAACAUUGUUUCUUUUAUAAUUUUGGUUAUAAUAAUACCAUAUUCCACAAAUAAUGGGUUGUUUAAUAAGCAUUUUGAUGUAAAUAAAAACUUCAAUGACAAAAAGGAAAUAAAUAGGAGGUAUUUAUCUGAAGAAAUGUGGGAUGGUUAUCACAAAAUAAAAAUACCUAAUGAUAACACUAGAGAGUAUCAAUAUAAUAAUAUGAAUUAUCCCCCACCACCACAAAAAAAAAAAAAUAAUAAACAAGAAUCACCAAUACUUCAAAGAACCAAUGUUACCAAUUAUAUGCCCAGUUAUUAUGAAAAUGGUGAAAUAAUAAGCCAUAACGAACAAUUGCUUCCUCAUAAUGCCACAUUAUCGUUAUUAAAUUCUGUAAUAAACGAUACUCUUCCAAAUAUACCAGAAAACAAUUCCUUUGAAUUAGCAUUACGUACUAUUGCAGAUUAUGUAACACAUAAAGUGUUUUCUCCUUCCAUUUUAAGUCAUAUUAUACCCCUCGGCGGUAUAGUAGUUUCAUGUUAUAUUAUGGCGGCGUUGGUAGGAGUUUUCAAGUAUAUUCUAUUCAUUUAUUGCUCUGUAAAAUUAUUCAAGGCAUGGUAUAGGAAACAAUGCGAUAGAAAUAAAAAGGAUCCCAAUAGGAACAAUCCUCCACCUCCCUUAUAA